GUCGUAUUUAUGAAAAGCAGUAGGCCUGGCUAAGGCUUUGUGCGAUCGCCUUUCUUCAACCAAGAAGAAUUCUGACUUAUAUCGAAAUCGCCAUCUCACCAAGUAAAUUUCAACCGCGUCUUGGUUACUGUCUUUCUUUUACUUUUGAUCAGAUGUAAAUAACGUUGUUCUUUAACUUCGUGACGAAUUAGCUGGACCAGCAACACUGAUGGACUAGACAACAGCAAAGAAUGGACAGAAAGUCAACGAAUCAUCAUUCACCACCGACACAAAUAGGUGCUGCGACUACACCAUCGAUCAACAUGCACCACGCCAGCACCGGCACAUCCGUAACCCAGGUUCUCUCACCAAGACAGACUUCACUCCCACUGAAUAUGGCCAAUGCCAAAUCACAAAGUGCAUCGGACCACAUACUGAUGGCCAUGCAGAAUCUAGCUCAAAAUUCAAAUACCCAUAGGAGCCCGACAUCCACACCCACCCCCACCAAGUUUCCAUUCCAAGACCUUCCUUCAGCCCAGACCUUGUUAAGUAAUCCACAGUUUGCUGGUGCUCAGCAGCUCUUGACCAUUCCGUCCAGUCCAGCUACCGGUCAGCAACAGAUUCUAUUGCCUAUUACAAACUCUGCAGGUCAGCAGCAGCUUAUAUCAAUCCCAGUUACACUGGCCCAAGGUCAAGGUGGUGUCCAGUUUCUCAUUCCAACAUCUGCUGGUCAGUUACUGACAAGUAAUCUGGCUGGACUACAAGCACUUACCGGUCAAGCUAGUCAAUUAGCAGCAACUAACCCUAUCACUGCGAGUCAGAUUGCUGCCAACCAGAUCCAAGCAGCCGCUCAAUUAGCCAAUCAGGUGAUGGCAAAUCAGGCAUUGGCAUCACAUACGGCAUCGCAUACGACAACAAGCACAACAAGUCCGCUUCAUAGGACGACAUCCACUUCAAAAUCCCAUACAUCGCUCCCGUCGAUGGUCAACUUCACCUCGAUGGGAACGCUACCGGCUAAUACACCGUUACCGCCCAUGUCUGUCUUAGCUAGCCAGGCUGGUCUUCCUAUGCCAGCCCCAAUGACGCAAAUGUUAAUGAAUGCCAAUGGUCAAGUGCUGACCAUGUCUCCUUCCUUCAACUCAGUCGGCAUGCAAGGAAUAACAGGAUCAGCAGCUAUGGCUGGAUUAGCACGGCUAGCCUCUCCUAAAUCUUCACAAGUUACAACCUCAGCCCCAACAUCUCCACUGAGUCUAACAUCUUAUGCUGUGGCCACACGAGGGCUCCCAUCACUCCCUGUUUCCAUCAAGAAUGAGGUACAUGUGCAGAUGCCAACAAAAACGACCAGCUUACCCAAUGCAACGACAGUUCUGAAGACCCCGCCAACAACCACCGUCACAACUACCUCUAUCACAACUCCGAGCAUCACAACAAAUGGUGUCAAAGGUCAUGAUUCUCCCGUACACGUCACAUCCAAUCACACGUUAACGAGUCAAGCAUUAGCAAAUGCAGGACUUUCAACUCACAUCCUGCCAAGUUUAAACAGCCAAGUAGGAGUAAGCCAAUCUCUGCCUGCAGGCCUAACCAACAACCUCGCCUCUGUUCACGGACUACCCAGUCAGAUUGGAGUUGGAGGUCAACUUAUUGCAGGUCAAAUGGUUGGGGGUCAGCUAAUUACGAGUCAAGGAACGGUCGUAAGUCAAGGAGGAAUACUCGGGCAAACUUCAGUGGCAUCUCCUUCAUCAAACCCGUUAGGAAAUUUAGCAGUAAGUAGUCUUGGAAAUACAACAGAAGUAGAUGGCAUCAACCUGGAGGAGAUAAAGGAAUUUGCUAAGCAGUUCAAGAUAAGACGUCUUUCGCUGGGAUUGACACAAACACAAGUUGGGCAAGCACUCAGUGCAACUGAAGGGCCUUCAUAUAGCCAAAGUGCAAUUUGCAGGUUUGAAAAAUUGGACAUUACACCUAAAAGUGCCCAAAAAAUCAAACCGGUACUCGAGCGAUGGAUGGAAGAGGCAGAAGAGCGCCAUAAGAAUGGUGUGUCACAGUUGACCGACUUCAUCGGCAGCGAGUCAACAAAGAAGCGGAAACGCCGAACGUCAUUCACACCACAGGCCUUGGAGUAUCUCAAUUCACAUUUCGAGAAAAACACCCACCCGUCAGGGCAGGACAUGACCGAACUCUCGGGAAAACUUGGGUACGACAGAGAGGUAAUUCGUGUGUGGUUCUGCAACAAACGACAAGCCUUAAAAAAUACCAUAAAAAAGUUAAAAUCUGAGCCGUCUGGUAUUUGAUUCUAACUUUAAUUGUAAUAAGGCUGUAAGUAUAUUGUACGGUAUUUAAGGUUCACAGUUUGUAAACAAAGUCAUUUAUGGUUGUAAGCCUGGUGCUCAAGUCAAACUUUUUGGAGCGAAUUGGUCUGCUUUGUACAAAGGGAUGCUUUAAAAUGAUUCCCACAAACAAGGGUUCUUAAAAAAUAUGAUAAAAGUUGCUCCGGAUACAAAAACCUUUAAAACACAUUUUGAAAUUGUCACACGAAUUGUGACUAUAUAGGUGCAACUGUGAUUUUUAAAUGAAAACAUGACUGAAAUGAUAUUUCUUGUAGGGUAUUAACUUAGAUGAAACUUGUGAUUAGCCUGUAAUUGCAUUGGCUAAUCAAUUGCUCCGUUAGUCAGCCCUUGGGACACUAAAAUUCUGCAUGGUACAUGCUUGUAAACUGCCUCUAAAUCAUCAUUACAUAGUUGCGACUUAAUAGCGUAUAUAUAGCAUCGUUCAAAAUUGAACAGCAUAGGUUUGUAAUAUGUAUGUGUAGAUGACCAUACUAUUAACCAGAUACCGUUGAAGGUAAAGAUUUUAUAUGUAAAACUUAAUGUGAUUCCCUUUUAAAAAAUGAACAAUUGGUCCAGAUAGUCUAAAAAUACCUAACAUGUUCGUUUACAUGCCGAUGUAAACCAACUGUGUAUUAUGUACUUGAAUGCUUAUCUCGUAUGGUAUGUUUCCAAGCUUAAUUUUUAUUUGGACAACUGGAAUAUCACCUUGAUUUUGUAGGUUUUACAGUUUUAUUUAUACUCAUUAUUUAUUUGUAUCCACCUUGUACAACAAUUUAGAAAAUGUUGUGGAUAUUAUGAUGACCAAAUCUCACCAAAAAAGAAAAAAAUGAACAAUUCAAAUAAUGCUCCAUUAAUCCUCUUAAUUGGUAAUAAUUUUCCGUCUAAUGCUAUCAAGACUUAAUUUAUUUAUAUAAAAUACAAUUUUUAGUUGUAUUUGCCAAAAUAUGGAAGUUGAAGGUGCAAAGUGUUCUAGAAGAUGCAAUCAAGGAUUUCGCAUAAAUUUUUCAAGAUUAUGGCGAGAUCUUCAGGUGCAGUUGUAAGAUAGAUAAGAUUUUUAACAAUAAUAUUAAUAAUAUUUAUUUAUUUAUGUUUAAUAUUCCUAUUGAUAGGAUACUCGCUGAAACCCAGAUAUUCAAAGUGUAGAGUAAUGAGAUUGUUGUUAGUAAAUUUUAUACAUUUCCUUGUAGUCAGAUGGUUAUAUUUGUAAAAUUUUUGAAGAUAGCUUUUUUGAACUCAACUAGUGUUUUAGAGACAGUCACAAAGUUUCAGAAUUACAGAAGAACUAAAUUUGUUUAAUGUCUUAAAAGGUCUGCAUGAGCUGAAAAAUGAUAUUAAUUAUAUUUCUAUAUUUCUUUAUUUUAGGUAAGUUAUUAAUAUUUAAUGGACCAUAUCAAGAAAACAAAAUGCCCUUGCCAAUUAUCGGAUGCAUUAAUAAUUUGUAUAUUAUUUGCCUAAAACCUUAAAUUAGCUAAUUAUCAAUUUGAAGAUUUUCAUAGUAAAACUUCUGCAAAUCAGCAAAAAAACGUUUUUUUAUUUCAUAUUUGAAAUUAAUAACUUAGUUAAUCAUUUGAAUGAGAUUUUCAAUGUCUUAUUUUUCAGAAUUUUAAACCUUCAGACAGCUGGUAUACCUUUGAGGAAUUGGAUUCAUUUCUUUUAUUAAAUCAUUAAACAUAAAUUGAUAUUUAUAAUGUCUACAAAGUAUGUAGAAAAUCAAAAUUUUAUACUUUGACCAGAUGGUUUUAUAAUUGGUUUUUAAAAUGAGCCAGGUAUUUUUAAUAGGGAUUGGGUUGUUCUGUCAGUGUGUAUACAACCUCUGUACAUUUUUAUGUACACAAUGUAAAUUAUUUAAUGUUAAAAACAUACAUAUGUUCAAUGUUGAUAAUGAUUAGGAAUUCAAACAUUGAAAAGAAAUGAACCAUUACAGCUGAUGAAAUUGACUCUAAUGUGAUCAAGGUUUAUUUCAAUAGACCAGCAAAUUUUAAUAAGUUUCCUCAUAAAAAAAAAAAACCUUUGUAGAUAAAAAUAAGUAAUUUCAUAUCUAAUUUUAUUUUUUUAUUUAUUGUUAGCUCUACUAAUUAAGGUCUUUGUGAGUCCCUAUAUAUUUGACACUUGUCUAAUAUUCAACUAUAUUUAAGUCUAAAUUCUUUCAAAUUUUUUAUACCAGAUUUAUACAUAAUUUAAUUUAAAAUCAGUAGUCUUUUGUGUUUGUAUUAUAUAGAGUAACAACUCGGUUGGUAAAGUGCAGAUAUGGUAGGAAGUUCAACAUUAACUGUGAUCAGAAUUUAGAGAUUUUUGCAAUUCAGCUCUCAUGUACAAAUAAUGCGAUUAAUUUUGUCCAUGCUGUGAUUUUGUAUAGAUUUUAAAAUUUUAGAUAACCCAUAUUGUGUUUACCAUUUUAAUGAGGUAGUUUUUUACUGGUAUCAUACCAAUGUAUGAAAGAUGAUGAAGUAAUUUUAAAGAAUGAAUAGGACCAUUUUUUAUAUGUAUAUCUCAAAUGUAGUUUUUGCUUCCUUUUUUAAAAAUUUACGUAACCCUAAAACAAUGGAAACCUAGUCGUAAGACGUGAUAAAAAUAGGGGGGUAACUCCAUGUAGGCUAAGAUGAUUUAAUAAUAAUGAUGAUAUUCAAAUCGAUAUAAUACGAGUACAAACAAUUCAUGAUAAACAAAAAUGUACUACCCAGACAGCUAAAUAUUAUCUCUGAAAAUAUUUACUUAAAGUUCUUCAAAUUCCUGGUCAUUGUUUUAAAGUGGAUAUCCAGAUACAACUUCUUAAAUGAUGAUACUGUUAAUUCCUUAGGAAUGUUCUAUAUAGUCUUUAGAUUUACAAUGUUAAUAUAUAUACAAACAUUGAUUGUGCCAUAAACCACUUAUGUAAUAUAUAUGAUUUCAAUUUUUAACAAAUUGUGUAAUUUUUUUACGAGUAGAUCUAAAUAUGUAUGAAGCUGCUUUGACCCCCGGGAGAAGUUUAAGAUGUGUGCUAUUUUAUAAUUUUUCAAAAUAUAUUUGUAUUGUUGUAACCGAUAAUUAUAGAUUUUAGAUUGUUCAGAAUGAGCAAUUAUUACAAAUUCAAUUCCGUAAAAAGAACGUUCUGCAAUGAUGUAGUGUAAGAUAAGCGAUAAGGAGGAGUUGCUGUGGAUGGCUGCUUGGUUGCUAUGUUAUAUUUACCAUGAUUUAGUACAUUAAAAAGAAAAGGGAACAGUAUUGCUAAUGAAUGUGGCACAGUUUUAGGAGAUAUUUGCUAAAAUAUAUGGCCUGGGUGGCACUGAUUUUUGGUAAAUGCUUCAAAUGGGAUAGGCCUAAUGAAAUAUUGAGCAUAAAUGAUGUUCUUUUGCCCUAAUACUGCUAUGAUUGAAGAUUGAUUGAAGAUGCUAUUUAUAUUACUACACUUUUAGUAGUACUGUACUAGUAUUGGUGCUACUACUACUCUGGUAUGUCUGUUUCUACUACUAUAAUAAUACUAUCUAAUAGCCCCAUUGCUUCUUUUUGAUACGACAACCACCAACACUACUGACCUUCCCCACCUCCACUACAUUACUAGUAGUACUACUGCAGUACUACUAUUUUGUGUACUAAUGGUACUGCUAUUAUUAGUCAUAGAUCCAGAAGUUUGCAGACUGGAGGUCCAACACAGGGUCAGAACUGAGGUGUGGCCUCCGGUCAGGGUUCAGAUGUGAAACAUGUGGUGAGCAUGAAUCUCCAUUCCUGUAGAAUUUUGUUCAGGUUUAUGACUUCACCUGCUAAUACCACCACUGACUACCACUACUAUCCGCUACUAAUUCUACCAACCAUGGGAAGUUAGGCCUACUGUUCUCUAAGAAUAGUUCUUCUAUAUUAAUCUUUUUUUUUUUUUUUUUUUUUCAAAGUUAAAAUUUCUACUGCCUAUAUUUCUACUUGUAAUAUUGUUACUACCUUCUUGUAUUAAAAUGGACCAAAUGAAACAAUUGGGACCAUAACAGAGUUGGUUUUACAAUUUGAAAAAUAUGUUUCACACAAUGUGAAAAAAUAGGAUGAGAAAUAAUACCAAAUUUUAACUGUUUUAGGCCUUUUAGAUUUUUUUUUAUUACUGAUCACUUGGUUCUCUACUGUAGUGCCAUGCUUGCGUGCCAUCAUUUUUUUCAAAUAGAUAUGUGUGGCUAUUUGUAAUUAACACAUGCAAUAUAUAUGUUGCUAUGUGUAAUGAAUACAGGUAAUAUGUGUGGCUAUGUGGAAUUAACAUAUGUAAUACUGUAUAUGUACAGCUACAGUAUGUAUAUGGUGUGUUAAUUCCACGUAGUAACAUGUGGAAUUUAUAGCUAUGUGUGAUGAACACAUGUGAUCUAUGUUGCCAUGUGUAAUGAACACAUAUAACAUGUUUUAUGUGUAUUGAACACUUGCGAUAUGUUAAUAUCUGUAAUUGUGUAAUUGACACAUGUGGUAUAUGUUGCUAUGUACAAUGAACACAUAAUAUGUGUUGCUGUGUUUAAUUUACACAUAAGAUAUGUUGUGUAAAAAAAACAUGAUAUAUAUUGUGUGUAAUAAAAAAAACAUGAAAAAAAACUAAAUCAAAUCACAUGUGUUAGCCUAAUGAACACAAUGUUGUAAUGUGUAAUGAACACAUGAUAAAUGUGUUGAGUAUGAGUAAUGAACAGACGAUAAUGCAGUGUGCAAACACGGAAACACGGUGUGCAAAGAUCAAGAAAUAUGAACAUAUAGUUAUCAAAACCUGCAAUUAUGUAUUCUUAAGUAUUAUAGAAUUUUCAUUUUUAUUAUUGUGCAAAUCAGUGUUUUUUAAGUUUAAACAAAAGUAUUAAUUUAUAUUUUAAUCAAUUUUGCAUAGAAAUCAAUAUAUAUAUAUGUUCUCCAAUUUUGUAUUAUCCUUUUGUUAUUUUACUUUAUAAAAUAAUGUUAAAAUUUGUUGUUUACUUGGUGCUGUAAGAAAGCUUAAGCUUUCUUUACUUGUAAUAUUGUUUCUACUCCUUUGGUACUUAACGUAUUAUGAACGUUAAUGUGAAAACGAAAAUAUAAAAUUGAUUCCAACCAGACUUUUGUAAAAGUUAAAUCUCAUUAUCACCAAAAACAUAAGAGUUGUUUUGAAUUGUUAAAAAUAAAUUAAAACGAUCAUUAAAGUUUUUAAGUAUAUAAACAAUGUAUUCGAUUCUGAUUGGCAGCCCAUAAGGAAAGUGAUAUACUUAAUUCUUAUCGCAGAUACAGUAUUGUUUUUAAAGUUUAAAAUACAAUUAUUUUUCCUCAAUCUUACUUUUAAUCUUAAUCACAACAUUUAUGAUUUUACAAAACCAGCAGUGUAGUCAUUUUAUUGAUAUUCCAAAGAUUGUUUAACUGGUUAGGAAAUGGACAGUAUAUCUUUACCUUUUAUAGAUCAAGUAAUGUAAAGAUAAACUGUCUAAAUCUUUUAAAACAUCCAUAUUUUAUGCUUACUUUGUAUAUUUAAAGUGAGUAUAAAUAAUGCUAUUCUUGUAACUUUUUUUUGCAUGGAACCUUAAAGUGAAAAAUAAAUAAGUUCGGAUUUUUGUAGUUAAAGGUUUUUGUAAAUUAGUGGUAAACUAAUUUAUUUGUAUCAAGUAAUGUAUAAUUGCAAAUUAUUAACUUAUUCAAUCUUUAAACUUGGAUACAUUGUGUGGGUUAAGAACUGGGUUUCCUUUCUGGCAAUCUACACAAAUAUUUUUAAACAAUUUUUUGUAUGAAUCUGUAAUAGGUCUGAUCAUGAAUAUUUAAUUAGCAUGUGUACAUUACCCUAUAUUACAAUAUUUCUAUAUUAGUUAACCUUAAAAAAAAAAAAAAAAAUCUGUAUGAUAACCAUCAUCGUCUUUACCAAACUACUACUGUUUUUUUUUUUUGUUUUUUUUUUUACUUUUUUUACUUAAUGAUUUCAGAGAUUUUUAUGUUCUUGGAAAGGCAGUAAAAUCAGUAUUAAGAUGUGUAUAUUGAAACAACACUGGUCCACAAAUCAUAGUGAAAAAAACUGUGGUAACAGUGUAAGGAAGUGGUGCUCUAUGGUGUGUAAAUAACUACGCUCCACCAUCGGCUAGUACUUAAGUUAUUUUUACUGUUUUCUGAAUUUUACUCUUUUAUUCUUUCAUAGCAUGUGUAAAUCUCCAUUAGUGCAAUUCUUGAGGUGUCAUUUUAUUGACAAUUCUCCUUUUUUAAAAAAGACGCCUACUGUUAUGUAAUAACUGCUGUAAACAUAAAUGGCUAUUUAAAUAGUUCAUGCAGCUGUAUGAUAUACCCGGGGGAAUUGGUUAGUUUGAAUCGGUAGAUCUUUAUGUAGGACAAGAGUAUUAUUUUCGUCUGUGUUGUUCUCAUUUUGCCCAUAAAAAUAAAUGGUCUUUCAUCUGAAUCCCCAAAAUCCAUGUAUCUCAUAAAAACCACAGUGUUAUACUGAAAAAGAGUGCAGUUUUGAAUAUAUAACUAUUUAUGUUCAAUUCUAAAGCAUAGUGUGUACAUAUCUGCCAGUCAUUAAAAUGUAGGCAUAUACAUAGGCAUUAGCCUAGGCAAAAAGUGCCUAAAGAAUCGGUUCAUCAUUGGGUAUAUUAUUCUUCAGUUUUUAUUUACUGAAGAAUUGGAUAUUGAAACACUAUACGGUAUAGGCAGAAAAAAAAAUAUGAAUUAAGAUCACAUUUUCAUUGUACAAAUCAUCGGACACUAGGCAAUAUAUAUUAUUUUGGUUACCUUGAUAUCCCAGCGUAGGCCUAUACAUUUCGCUAGUAGAAUUUAGCAGUAAAAUGUCUUAAAUGCUUUGACGCAUGAAGUAGAACUACUUGAUGUGUUUAGCAUUUAAAAAACCAGUGUCAUACUUUUCAAAAUCCCACAUAUUAACGAUCGAGCCCGUGGGGGUAAUUUCAUCAUUGUAAUCUCUAGUAGAGGAUUUUAAACGUGUAUAUAUCAAUUGUUGACUAUCUAUUUAAAUGUCAUAUCUCUUUGAUGUAGUGUAGACCUGUAUACUUGUAUCACCUACUGUCUUGUAAAUUGUAUAGUGUUUGUGUUGAAUAUUUAAGAAUUGUGUGAAAUGAUUAAAGUAAUGUUGUGUGGAAGGUUUUGUGUUUUGAAUACAUACUAGGUGAUAUCUCACCAUAAAGAAA